AUGCCACCCUCGUUGGCCAAUCUAUCAGAAGCCGGAUUCGCCAAGGUCAGGCAUCAAGCAAUCUUGAAACUCGAUACCCGGAUCAUGCCGUGUAUGGUAUUGAUGUAUAUCAUGAACUACCUGGAUCGCCAGAACAUCGCUGCAGCCAAAUUGGCACAAAUCGAGCAAGAUCUAAAAAUGACACAUGUGCAGUACCAAACCUGCGUCAGCAUCUUGUUUGUGGGAUACAUCCUCAUGCAAGUCCCGUCGAAUCUCAUAGUUGGCAAAAUUAGGUUUCCUGGUAUCUACAUAUGUUUCUCAAUGGCCCUCUGGGGCGUUCUCUCUGCCUGUACCGCCGCCGUCCACAAUCCGUCUGGUCUCAUGGCGUCUCGUUUCUUCCUCGGAUUUGUAGAGGCAGUAUUCUUCCCUGGAGCGCUUUUCUACAUGUCAUUGUUUUACACUAAGAAACAAUUUGCGAUGAGAACGGCCAUUCUGUAUUCUGGCUCGCAGAUUGGUAACGCCUUUGGCGGUCUGUUUGCUGUCGCAAUACUGAAGCUGGACGGGAAGCAUGGCCUUGAGGGCUGGCGAUGGCUGUUCUUGAUCGAAGGUGUGGCUACCGUUGGUCUGGCUAUUAUUCUUGCAUUCAUCCUGCCAAACUCACUCAAGUCGAUUACCGGGCUUAGCAAGUUGGAGCACGAGUACCUGCUGUGGAGUUUCGAGGAGGACCACGGCCAGCAAGAUAAUACUGAUGAGGCCAGUGUGCAAAAGGGCGUCAUGAUCGCCGUGACAGACCCCAAGACAUGGUUUUUCAUGGGGACUCUCUACUGUAUCUAUAUUGCCGGGGCUGUGACCAACUUCUUCCCUUCAGUGGUGGCCACCCUUGGAUACUCACGAAACAAAACUUACGGCUUGACCGCGGUCAGUGACUCCCUAGCGUGUGAUAAUAACAUCCCAAUUAUUCCUUCUGACACUCCGCAGCCACCCUAUGUUCUCUGUGUAUUUGCGAUGAUUUUGAACGGUUUUCACUCCGACAAGAAACAAGAGCGCUACUGGCACAUCGUCUGCCCAAUGGUCAUCUGUCUUAUGGCUAACAUAAUAGCUGUCUCGACACUGAACACAGCUGCACGCUACGUUGCCAUGAUGUUGAUGCCGGGAUCCUUCUAUUCUGCAGCUAUUGUCCUUCUAUCAUGGGUGACUGGUACGCUAUCGCAGCCAUCAAUCAAGCGUGCCUCGGCCAUUGCCAUGAUCAAUGCAGUUUGCAACACCCCGAACGUGUGGGCGUCUUAUCUUUACUACUCGCCGCCAAGAUAUCUUGCUGCUUUUUUGGUCAACCUAGCCGCGUCCGUCUUGGCUAUAAUAUUGGCAACCGUGACGCGAGUCUACUUGCAGCGUCAGAACCAUAAGCUCGACCGUGGGCUAGAUGUGGGGCGGAAUGGCCCAACUCCCGCCCAGAUUGUCGUUGGAUUCCGCUAUGUAGUCUAG